GCACUGAGCACGUUUGGUUAGUUGCCCAAGAUGCCAAAUAUCAAAAUCUUCAGUGGGAGCUCCCACCAGGACUUAUCCCAGAAAAUAGCUGACCGCCUGGGCCUGGAGCUGGGCAAGGUUGUGACUAAGAAAUUCAGCAAUCAGGAGACCUGUGUGGAAAUUGGGGAAAGUGUUCGUGGAGAGGAUGUCUACAUUGUUCAGAGUGGGUGUGGUGAGAUAAAUGACAAUCUAAUGGAGCUUUUGAUCAUGAUUAAUGCUUGCAAGAUUGCUUCAGCCAGCCGGGUUACUGCAGUCAUCCCAUGCUUCCCUUAUGCCCGGCAGGAUAAGAAGGAUAAGAGCCGGGCUCCCAUCUCAGCAAAGCUUGUUGCAAAUAUGCUAUCUGUAGCAGGUGCUGAUCAUAUCAUCACCAUGGAUCUACAUGCAUCUCAGAUUCAGGGUUUCUUUGAUAUCCCAGUGGACAAUUUAUAUGCAGAGCCAGCUGUCCUAAAGUGGAUACGGGAGAACAUAUCUGAGUGGAAAAACUGUACUAUUGUCUCACCUGACGCUGGUGGAGCCAAGAGAGUGACCUCCAUUGCAGACCGACUGAAUGUGGAUUUUGCUUUGAUUCACAAGGAACGGAAGAAGGCCAAUGAAGUGGACCGCAUGGUUCUGGUAGGAGAUGUGAAGGAUCGUGUGGCUAUACUUGUGGAUGACAUGGCUGACACUUGUGGUACAAUCUGUCAUGCUGCUGACAAACUUCUCUCAGCUGGAGCUACCAGAGUUUAUGCUAUCUUGACGCAUGGAAUCUUUUCUGGCCCAGCCAUUUCUCGCAUCAACAAUGCAUGCUUUGAAGCAGUAGUAGUUACCAAUACCAUACCUCAGGAGGACAAGAUGAAACACUGCUCCAAAAUCCAGGUGAUUGACAUCUCUAUGAUCCUUGCAGAAGCCAUCAGGAGAACCCACAACGGAGAAUCUGUCUCCUACCUGUUCAGCCAUGUUCCUCUAUAAUAUAAUAACUUCUGAAACAUUUUGAAAAUAAAACCACCCCCACCCCUUGUUUUUCUUAGUAUUGAGUUCAGCAGAAGACCCAACUUGCUUUAGCAGUUUUUUACACCCCAUAUUAGCUACAUUAGCAUUUAUCCUACAUUGGAGAUAGGUGGAUUGCUAUUGACUGCUAGUAUGCUCUACCU